AUGUCCGCGGCACACGACGCUUAUGAGUCGCUGCAGUGCCUCUUGAAUGGCAAGUACCGCUACGUUGGCCCGAUCCAGAAGGGAUCGUUUGGCAAAGUCACCUUGGCGGAGAACACUGACACCGGCACUAAGGUGGCCUUGAAAGCCAUGCUUAAGUCCUCAAAGGAGGUGGCCAGAAUGGCUAGACACGAGAUCUCCAUCUUGCAAGCCUUGGGUUCGGGCAACCCUCACAUUUGCCAGCUCGUGGACCACUUUGAGACGUCGGAGUACAUCGUGUUGGCCCUCGAGUACUGUGAAAACGGCGAUUUGUACGAUGUCAUCCACUCUGAGUCGGCCUCCCACCCCCGUGCGGUCGACGUAUGGAAGUUGGCUAAGGAAAUAUACCUGGGCGUGUCGUAUGCCCACGGCAAGGGCAUCUACCACCGUGACUUGAAACCAGAGAACAUCUUGUUCACCAUAGAUGGCACGGUCAAGAUCUGCGAUUGGGGCUUGGCCACUACCUCGAGACUCUCGUCCGACUUUAAUGUGGGGACAGAGAAAUACAUGGCCCCAGAGUGUUUUUCCAAUAGCGCUCUCGCUGGGUCCUCGUACAAGAUAGACUGCAAGUACACCGACUACUGGUCGUUCGGAAUCACCCUCUUGACUGCUGUGUUUGGAACCAGUCCAUUCAAGCCAGUGCGAGCCAACGACGAUGUGUGGGGCUCAGCAGACACCUUCCGUCGCAAGAACAAGUCGGUGAAAAAGUCCUUGGAGAGCGACUACAAUUUCAAGAAUUUUGUACUUUACAACAAGCCUGAAGUGUUGUACGACAUCUAUCCUUCGAUGAACGAGAACUGCUUCCGCAUAUUCAUGAAGUUGUUGAAGGUGGGAGGCGUGGAUGAAGAUAUCGAAAGCUAUGUGCGCAAGAUUGAGCGCAGAGACUUAGAUGCGUUCAUUCAGGAUCUCGAAGAGAACUGGAAGUAUGGCUUGACAGUGUGGGAAGAAGAUGAGCUUUACGAAUACGAAGAGGAUGGAGUGGAGGACCUCUUCGACAUGGAUGGCUUCACGGAUUUGACCAAGAGAACUGAGUACAAUGAGGAAGAGGAAGGUGAAGAGGAGGAAGAAGAACAAGAAAAUACCCAAGACAACGACAAAUAUGCUGCUGGUGGCUUUGCGGUGCCUGAGACGACAACGGCGCUGGUGCAAGUUCCAGUGGUGAAGCAGCAUAGCCUUCCCGUGCCGUCGCUUGUGGAGUCGACGUACCAGCCUAAACUGUGGUACGACUUGCAGGAUGAGCUUGACGACACUGAGUUUAACAAGUUGUUUUCGACCUUGAGCGUCAAGAGUGUGACGCCUAUUCCCAUAGAGGAGACGAACAAGUCGAUGGACGAGGAUGGCCGGAAUAUCCGCAUUGUGGAGAAGGAGGUGAUGGCAUAA